AUGGCACAAGAUUCUGGACGAUUCAGCAACAUAUCUUGGAACCGUGUGAGUCAACUAUCCAAGCAAACCGAUGGAGGAGGAACUGCAUCACCCACGGGCUUUUGUUCCAUUGCCAGUUUAAUCCGCUCGGCUCGUUCAUCAAGACGAGAAAGCCAAGUCAGUACUGUGAGUUCUGGAAAUCUCUCCAAAUCAAGAUCAUUUCUUUCGAACGGCGAUGGAAGCUCAUCAUCUGGUCCAGUCAUCGAGGGCAAUCUCCAGGUUCUGGGAGGCAUUGAUUGCGGGGAGACUGUCUUGAGUAUCCAACACUCAGAAAAUGGAAGCUCACUUUUGGCGGGAUUGGUUUCGGGUCAGAUCAAGGUGUAUAAUCCAGUCAAUGGCAGCAUCGUCACUACUUUGGAAAAUGAAGAGAUCUUAAGCAAUGGAAAAGCACUAAGUCGACUUCGAUGUAAACCAUACACCGAUUUUCAACCCAACACCCUCGUGGCAGCCACGUACGUUUCGGGUCAUCUGAGGCUUUGGAAUUUUGCCACGGGACAAUGCGCAGCUCAGGUCAGAGACGAUGAUAAAAAUGCGGAAUAUCUGAGUUUGAGUUUCAACCCGUUUGCUGAUGUCAUUGCUGUGGGAUUGAGCAAUGGUCAUAUCAAACUCUAUGAUGAAAAUACUCUGCAAGUAGUAUCACUUCUUCACAAGAGUUUGAGUCCGUUUAAAAACAAUGGUCACACAAAUCGGGUUCUUUGCAUUGCCAAUCACCCAACCAAUCCUCACGAAUUCGUGUCGUCCGGUUGGGAUAACACGCUUCAGUUUUGGGAUGCUCGUUGUCCCAACUCCAUUCGGUCGACUUUUGGCGCCUUUGUGUGCGGAGAGGGACUCGUUUUUGAUCGAAAAGGGCGGGAUCUGGUGGUUGCCUCAUGGAGGGGAAAGCAGCAACUUCAAUUGAUUGAUUAUACAACAGGGAAGCUAAUUGAAGACAUUGAACCCCAGCUGACAAAUCACUAUCUGACAUCAGCUCAAUACCUGAACAAAGACCUUUUGAUCACUUGUGGAACUAAUCUUGGGAUCAUAAAGGUGGUGGAUCUUCAGAAGAAGGCCACGAUCGCUUCCAUAACCGAAUUACCCGGAAUUUAUGAUAUUGAUAUGGCCAAAAAGGCUGUGACUGGGCAUCGAUUUCUCAUCACCAAUAACACAAGCAUUGUGACCAUCGAGUACAAUAAAUGAUUUGUAUAUUUUUCAGUUCUCACUCGGCUUCAAAAAAGUCU